CUUGUCAUAUGUUUAAUUUGUUAUUGUUUAGUAUUGUGAACGCAAUAGAAGUUAGUAUUUCUAAUAUGGACAGUGCUAUUAUAGACAUCGUCUGGUGUGGUGCUCAUAAUCAGUCUAAUGACAAUGUAUUCAAUGACUCCCUAAUUAUUUUAGAUCUUAGUUAUGAGUUCAAAAGGAACAAUCUAUUUAAGUUAGGAUAACGGAGAUGAUUGGUAGAAGUUGGCAGAAGUAUUCCACAGAAAGGGAUUGCUUGUAUUAUAGGAUGAAAAUGAAAAAGUAGGAGUAGUAAAUAAAAUAUAAAAAAGUCCAAUAGACCCACAAUUAAUAAUAUUCCUAGGAACAGAAUUUGUUAAUUGGAUAUCCCCUGAUUGUGGAUAGACAAUAAAUGCGAUAUAUACUGGCAGAUAAAUGAGGGAAUUUUAAUUUCACCCUAAGCGAAAAGAUUGGAUAUUAGCAUCUUCAUGGUCCAAGUGUCAAAUGAAAUAAAAGGAUUGUUAUGUAACUAAGGAUCUGAUGGUUAGUUAAGAUAUGGGUUUGAAUUGGGAAGUUAUUGCUAAAUAUGUAAAUUAAUAUUCAUGGGGAUUUAAAAGUCCUAAUAAUGAAGUAAUCCCAGAGGAGAGGAUAAUGAUUACUUAUGAGCCUAAUGGAAAGGGACAUUAAUAAUUGUCAGGGUGGAACAUGAAGACUCAUUUAUUUUAUAGUGAUGAUUUUAUGAAAACGAAAACGAUGUUAGUUAAUUAAGGCAAUAAAUUUCAAUUGACCCCUAAUCAUGUAUUUGUAGCUUAAGUUAUGAAUUCAUCCAAUCAAGAAGUUACAUUACUAGUAUCUGAAUCUGAUCAGUAUGAAUACAACUUUAGAUAUGUCCAAAUGCCAGACAUACUUAAAGAUCAUAGUUAUACCAUAGUUGAUUCCUAAUACGGAGCAUUUAUUAACAUUAAUCAUCUAAAACCCAGUUCGAUUAUGGGUACAACUUAUAUCUCAGAUUCAACCGCCUCCAGAUAUAGAAUCUCAUUAAAUUACACAGUGAGAACUGAAGAAGGAUAAUGUGAUUUUGAGAGAGUCUUGGGUUUGGAAGGAAUUUACAUUGCAAAUGUUUAUGCAUCAGAGCAAGCAGAAUUAUAUUAAUCUGAAAUUGAUGAGGACUCUCCAAGAAUAAAGGAAGGGGAUUUAAGCAAGUUUAAAUAAACUAAAAUUACUUUUGAUAAGGGAAGUAGAUGGUAAUCAUUGACACCACCUGUCGUUGAUUCUGAAGGUAAAAAGUUGUAAUGUGACUCUAAAUCAUGUUCUUUACAUUUGCACUCAGUUUCUACAAAAAUGUAAUUCGGUCCAUUUUAUUCAACCAAAAAUUCAAUCGGUUUGAUAUUAGGGACAGGAAACAUUGGAAAAUAUUUAAGUUAUAGACCAGAUCAAGUUAAUACUUACAUGUCAAGGGAUGGAGGGUUAACAUGGUUUGAAAUAGCCAAGGGAUCUCACAUUUAUGAAAUCGGGGAUCACGGUGGUGUCAUAGUAUUAGCAAGCGAUCAAUAAGCUACAAAAGUGCUGAAGUAUUCAUGGAAUGAAGGAUUGACCUGGGAGGUAUUCUAAUUUAGUGAACAACCGAUUGAAAUUACUAAUAUCAUAACUGAACCCUCUAAUAUUGGUACUAGAUUUAUCAUUUAUGGAACAUCAGAUUUAUUCAUAAAUGAAGAAAAUAUUGAAUAAGGAAAUAUUGUUAAAAUUGAUUUUUCUUAAAUUCAUGGUAGAGAAUGCACAGGAGAAGACUCACCAUCAAGUGAGAAUAGUGAUUAUGAGUUAUGGUCACCUACAGGUAAGAUUAAUCCAGAUUGUUUAAUGGGAAUGAGAGUAGAAUAUGUAAGAAGAAAGAGGGAUGCUAAAUGUUUUAAUGGAGAAGAUUUACAAAGGUAACAUUCAGUUCAAUAUUGUUAAUGUACUGAAGAAGAUUGGGAAUGUGAUCUCAAUUUCCAUAGAGAGAAUUCUGAUCCUAAUGCCAAAUGCAUUCCUUAUGAACUUUAUGAAUAAAACUUCGAAGCUCCUGAAAAUUGUGAAGAUUAUUACGAAGUCACUAGAGGUUAUCGUAGAGUGGCAGGUAACAAAUGUUAAGGUGGGGUUGAAUAUAAUCCAGUCAGACUAUUAUGUCCUGGAUUCAAAUUUUGGAAAUUCAGAAAUGUAAAUAUCAUAUCAUUAUCUAGAUUUGGGACUUUAUGUUAAUUUGUAUUUUUGCUGCCAUCGUCUAUUUUAUAUAUAAGAAUAGGCAUCAUUUCUCUAAGAAAUAGGAUCAUAAAAUGGAAUAACAAUAAUCGGCAAGAGCAUAUGGAUAAAAAAUGGUUGAAAGGGGACUAGGAUAUAGAGAAUUUGAUGAGGAUUUAAUUGAAGAGAAUCAAAAUGUGUGA